AGCCAGGGCUGCGGCUCACCGGGCUCUACAGACGCCCGUGGUUCUCCGCCCGAGCGUACAGGGGUGACGUCCUCGCUUCCAGCACCUGGCUUCCGCGCGCCCCAGGAAUAGCUGGGACCCUGGGGACCGGCCCGGUGAGCCCCCGCCCCGCCACGCGCCGGGCUCUGCUUCCCUCCUCCUCUUUCACCUCCUCCUGCGCGGUCGCCUCCCGCUGCUGCGGCCUCCGCCUGCGGCUUUGUUUUCCUCCCAGGUCUCAUUCCCCACACGUGAUACUGUGUUAUUGCAAAGAGCGCUCCGGAGCGCGAGCGCGAGGCGCGCGCACUUAUAAAUACGGACCGCCCGGUCAGGAGCCCGUGAUCGCGCAGCACCGAGGGCCGGCCAGGCGCGCGUGGGUCCCGGACGCGGAAGGCGAGCCAGGCGCGUGUAGGUCCCAGAGGCGCCCGAGCGCCCAGGGCCGAGCAUGGCCCGCCCGCGGGAGGGCAGGGCCGCCUCGAACAUCGCCCGCGCCCCGCGCCCUGCCCAGCCCGGGUCGCUGGGGCUCGCGGCCACCGCUUAGCACUCGGCACCCGCCACUCGCUUCUCGGGCACCGCGGAACUGACGCCGCAGACGGACACAAUGGCGGCGGCGACCGCCACCGCGGGCACGACCGCCUGCAGCAGCAGCAGCAGCAGCAGCACCAGUCGCGGCGGCGGUGGCGGCGGCACGGACGCUGCUGCUACCACCCCCAGCGCGGUGCAGCCGCCGCCGCCUCCCGCCACUGCGCCGCCCGAACCUCUCCGUAAGCCGCGCAUGGACCCGCGGCGCCGCCAGGCUGCCCUGUCCUUCCUCACCAACAUUUCUCUGGACGGACGGCCGCCGCUGCAGGACCACGAGUGGGGCGGCGGCGAGGAGGGCGGCGCGGCCAAGCCGGGAGCAAGGGCUCGGUUCAGCUUGCUGGCCGCGGGCUGCAACGCAUUUUCGGCACCGGGCACGGCGGCCGCGCCGUGGACCGCCGGCCCCGGUCCCAGCCCUUGCCCGCUGCCGCCGUCCCUGGUCCCCCGGGUGUUGGGUGAGCCAACUCAGCCGCCCCGUUCAGCCCCAGCCGUCACCGGUGCUCAGCUGCAGUUGCCUGACGGGCCGGGAGGCGCCGGACAGGAGGAACUGGAGGAGGACGAUGCUUUCACCAACGUGCAGGUGCCACUGGCCAGCUUCUUGGGCUCCGGGACCCCCGGGAGUGCGAGCGGCAGUCGGGGCCGCCUCAACUCGUUCACUCAGGGAAUCCUGCCUAUCGCCUUCUCAAGGCAGAACUCGCAGAACUACUGCGCCUUGGAGCAGUCAGGCCAAGGCGGCAGCACCAGCGCCUUGGAGCAGCUGCAGAGGUCCCGACGUCGCCUCAUCUCCCAGAGAUCAUCUUUGGAGACCCUGGAAGAUAUUGAGGAGAACGCCCCUCUCCGGAGAUGUCGAACACUCUCAGGUUCUCCCAGACCAAAGAAUUUUAAGAAAAUUCAUUUUAUCAAGAACAUGCGACAACACGAUACCAGGAAUGGCAGAAUAGUCCUUAUCAGUGGCAGAAGAUCCUUCUGUAGUAUAUUUUCCGUGCUGCCGUAUCGAGACAGUACCCAAGUCGGGGACCUGAAGUUGGAUGGAGGGAGACAAUCAGCAGGGGCCAUGAGCCUGAAGGAGAUCAUUGGCCUUGAAGGUGUGGAACUGGGUGCUGAUGGGAAGACAGUGUCUUAUACCCAGUUUCUAUUACCCACAAAUGCCUUUGGAACCCGCAGAAAUACCAUAGACUCCACCUCCUCCUUCUCCCAGUUUCGGAGCCUGAGCCACCGAAGCCUCUGCAUGGGCCGGGCUGGCAGCACCCAGGGGAGCCUUGACGCAGGAAGUGACCUGGGAGACUUUAUGGACUAUGACCCAAACCUCCUGGAUGACCCCCAGUGGCCUUGUGGCAAGCACAAGCGAGUUCUGACCUUCCCUUCAUACAUGACCACAGUGAUUGACUAUGUGAAGCCCUCAGAUCUCAAGAAGGACAUGAACGAAACCUUCAAGGAGAAGUUUCCUCACAUUAAGUUAACACUCAGCAAAAUCAGGAGCCUGAAGAGAGAGAUGCGGAAGCUUGCCCAGGAGGACUGUGGUUUUGAGGAGCCCACAGUGGCCAUGGCCUUUGUCUACUUUGAGAAGCUGGCCCUGAGGGGGAAGCUGAACAAACAGAACCGGAAGCUGUGUGCGGGAGCUUGUGUGCUGUUAGCAGCCAAGGUCGGAAGUGACCUCAAAAAGCAUGAAGUCAAGCAUCUAAUUGAUAAACUGGAAGAGAAGUUCCGACUGAACAGACGAGAACUGAUUGCCUUUGAAUUCCCAGUCUUAGUGGCCUUGGAAUUUGCACUUCACCUGCCGGAGCACGAAGUCAUGCCCCACUAUAGACGCCUGAUCCAGAGCUCCUAGCACUGGCCCCAGGAGGCCAGGCCUGCUUCCUGAGUGCAGUGCAGCCUCACUUACUGCGGAGAGCGGGAAGAGACGGCCACUGAGCCCAGUCUCCUUGUAGCUCUGCUUUCAUGGAGAAGCCCUAAGUUCCUGGAGACUUCAGGCUUGCUGAGGAGGCAUGUGCUGGGGAUGAUGGAGGCCCUCCCAGUUCCACAGCCAGAGCUCAGCUGUGUUCAGCUUUUCCUCUCACGCACAUGUGAAGCUUGACUCUGCUCAGAGCUUUUUACUACAGACAGGUUCUGAAUUUGUAGCAUGAUGUGCGGGGACAGAGGAGGGGACAGAAGGCGUGGGAUUUGGGGAUGCUGCUUCAUGUUCCCUCGCCCUGUGUCAAGAGCGUGCCAACCUAUUUUUAUAUCUGCCAUCGGAAGUGCACUUCCUGGGGCACAGGGGUGUGGGUAUGCAAGUGUCUGAGGGGCACUGUUACCCUGACCUCAAAGCCAAUCCCCACCUUCUAUGGAGCUGACUUGUAAUGCCUUCUAGGUAACAAUGACUCAAAACCCAGAUUGACAUCUCUGCUCUUAGGAAAUAACACUGUUUAUGAGGCUGUUCCUGCCACCCACUGGACAGGGUGACAGUUCUCAGUGUAGGGUAAGUCACGUGCAGAGUGGUGUGCUUGAACGCCUGCCGUCACACCACGGGCUUCUGUUUUACCCUCUAGCUCUUGCCUGUGGAGACAUGAGGGCUGCACUCCAUAGCGUGUAUUCCUGUGCUCUAUGUUAGAGUGCAUAAUGAGCGCAGUUAUUGUGCUAAUUACAUACAUACGUGUUUUAUAAAAGUCUGUACUGGGGGUAAGGCGCAUGGCUGCUGUCUUGUGGCUUUUGCAGUUGGGACAAACUACAUUUCAAGGUGUAGUGGAGCUGAUUGUUAGUACAAAAUUGUGGCUUGUCCUGAAGCAUUUACCAUGCUGUCACCUGGUGGUUAUAUAAGUAUAACCUUCCUGAAGAGAGCCUGUGGUCAUGGAAAAUUAAAAUAUUUUGUUGUUUUACAUAUA